ACGCUUAUCAGCCUCAGUAGCAAGUUAGCUUUCGGACGCGACACUCGGACUAUUAGACUCUAUAAUUAAUAAUAAUUCCUUUGUUUUCAAUAUUCUCCUUGUUUAUUUUUGAAACGGAUUUAUAGUUUUUGGAAAUUGUUUAGAGGGAUAUAUAAGUGUGAUAUGAUAAAAAAUUAUUGACUCAAUUCGAUAAUUUUACUGAUUACAAUAAACUUUCGAACUUUUUCUUUGUUUGAUCAACGUACGGUCAACAUAACUAUGGCUGGCGUUUCUAACGGAAACAUUUCGCCCAGCGCGAGCACUAAUGGUGCCGAGAUCGAGAACGGACAUAUAGCGCCAGAGCAAAAUGUCGUUUACGUUCUCGAUCCCUCCUUUUUUGCAUCAGAGCAAAAGACUGACAAUUCCUUUGUUUGGAACAAAAAUGGCGGAGAAGCUGCCCACGCUGACCAAACUAGCGUGGACAACAUCACGUGCUCAAACGAUCCAAUUAUAGCACAGCCCGCUACGCUGCAGUACGGAAUCACGCAGCUACGUCACGACCCGGAAACGAGGAAACCAAUCGAAAACGGGAACCCCGCAUCAUCAAUAAAUAGCGUGGGAAUUUCUUCACCAACACCGGGUUUUUCCAAGGGGAAAACUAAAGAUCAUCGAGGCGAGAUUAAAACCUUGAAUGCCCGUCUUGAUUCAAAUGAAAGACAAAUGCAAGAAAUUUCUGGAAUACUUGUGUCAUUGAAUGAAAAAUUCACUAACUUUGUGGAAAAUGGACCACGACCAAAUAUCACCACUGAAAGCAUCCAGUCAGACGACGACGAUGAUGAAGGCAAUUCGUCGGAUGAUAAUUAUUCCGUCCACGAUGGGGUACUUCCGGUAAAAAACACGGAUGUAAACAAUGAAUCAAAAUUGAAAAAACUUCUAGAUUUCUCCGCGAAAGUUGAUGGGAAAAAAGAAUGUGUCCCUCCAGUAAACGAGACAUUAGCCACGGCAGUACAAAAUUCAAUAAAUGUGAACUUUGACCAAGAAAAGGGAAAGAAAUUGGCGGAUGCAAUAGAAUAUCCGGAAAACUGUUCACUUUUAGCUCCUCCAAAUGUGAAUGAAGAAAUAUGGCAUGAUUCGUUUAUAUCAAAGCCUCUACGUAUACAGGACUGUGGACUGCAGAAUAUCCAACUUUUCAUUGGGAAAGCAAUGGUGCCAAUGAUUAAUAUGAUGGAUUCUAUGUUGGAAAGUGACUCGCAGGAAAGUACCAAAUGGUUCAAUCAAGCCUUUGAGGCAGUGGAACUCCUGACAUUUGCACAUAGAGACGUCACAAACAAUCGCAGAAAAUUGUUAAAACCAGCACUAAAGCCAGAGUUUGGAAAAUUUUGCGCACCCAAAACACCAGUUACCAAUCACCUCUUUGGCGAUAACCUCUCAGAACGGGUUAAAUCGAUAACUGACAUGAAGAAGUUGGGGAAAGACAUUGCCAAAUUUGAAAGGAAACUGGGCAAGAAACGAACAUAUGGCGUAAAGGACAUGCCGAGAAACACAUAUUCAUCGAGCAACCCCAACUACAAUCAGUCACAUGGUCAACCACCGGUCAAGCGCCAAUACACUAGUAAACAUUACAAUGUGGCCAAGGAUUUUUUAUCCAGGCAGGGCCUGUCUCACAGGGACAAGCAAAAAACCCAGGGACAGGGCCAGUACCAGAAGAACAAGAAGUGAAUUUUGAUCGCAGCAGUUCUCCAGAAAAUAGACCGGGAAGAAGCAACAGCAGUUUUAAUAGCACCAUUGUUCACAACUCAGGUUUGGUUUCCGCGAUUACUAAAAAUGAUAUGCAAGCCAAGUUACCUACUACCACCGAC